GGCAGCUAAAAUCCUGAAAUUCCCAAGCUCGCUCUGUUUUCGCUCUUACUCUGCUCGAAUCCCAGAUGAAUAUGAAGAAAUUCAUAUCACUUCCCAUCUUUUCUGUGUUAUCCUUGAUGGGUUUUGUGUAUUACAUUACGGUGUUCAUUUUCAUUCACGAUUGGACUGGUUUGCAUACCUCUCCUGGUUUAAUUAACUUCUUGAUUUUCACUUCCUUGGCUUCCCUUUGCCUUUUCUCUUUCGCUGUUUGUGUUCUCACCGACCCUGGUUCGGUUCCCUCUUCCUAUUUGCCCGAUGUUGAAGAAACUUCUGGCUCCGAUCAAGAUGCCAAGAAUUCCGCUUUACAGAUGAAGCAGUGUGAAAAGUGUAGCACCUACAAGCCUCUGAGGGCCCAUCAUUGUCGAGUUUGCAGAAGGUGUGUUUUGAGAAUGGACCAUCAUUGUUUGUGGAUAAAUAACUGUGUUGGUUAUUGGAACUACAAGUCCUUUUUUGUUCUCGUCUCAUACGGGACUUUGGCAAGCUUAUAUUCUACAUUCAUCAUUGUGAGCUGUGCAUUUCAGAAGAACUGGAAUUUUGAAGGGACGCUUCCUUUGAAGAUUUUCUAUGUUAUUUGCGCGGUGAUGAUGAUUUCCCUGAGCUCGACUCUUGGAACUCUUCUGGGUUGGCAUAUCUACCUCAUCAUUCGAAAUAUGACAACUAUAGAGUAUUAUGAAGGAAUACGUGCAGCAUGGUUGGCUAGAAAGUCUGGACAGAGCUAUCAGCACCCAUUCGAUCUCGGUGCUUAUAAAAAUAUGACCUUGGUCUUAGGCCCAAAUAUUCUGAAAUGGGCAUGGCCUACUUCAGUCAGCCAUCUAAAAAAUGGACUCAGUUUCCCGACUUUGCGCGAUAGUUCGUGAACGUUUUUUGUUUUGGUUUGAAGAAUACUCCAAGUGCAAGAAUAGUGAAGUCGAGUUCUAAAUUUGUAGAUAAAUACACUACAUUUUCUCCACCCAUCAUCAGCCCAUAAAAGGAAUCAAAAAAGAAGAGACUGGGUUAAUCAGCCUCAGAAACAAGGGAGAAUGUGUAUACUUGCAAUUCUGUAUUCAAGUAGAAAAUUGAUGUAGAGCUAUGUUCUCCAAUACCAUUCCAGUUAUGUGAAUUUCAAAUGGCUGUAAAAAAAUGGUCUGAGAAGUCUUCUGUUUGUUUUUAUUUCUUUAUGCCAUUUUGAAUUCAUCUUGGAUAUAGGUAUUUUUUAUGUUAUUGCUCCUAUCUCUCAAAUUUUGAAUACAAUCUAAAAUGGUUUGAGUGCCAUUUUAUUUUCUU